CUUCCAAUUUUGCCAUUCUAAAUACUUUAAAAGCCUAAAAUCAACGAUUAAUCAUUCUAAGGGACAACUUUGACUUAUCAUAGAAUCUUAAUCAGAGAUUAGUAAGAAAGGAUUUUUUAAAAUUGGAUUUUCCGAGAUUGAGUAUUAAGGUUGAGUAGGGUCUGGGUACGAGAAUGUAAGCUAUUAGACUAAGUCACUAAUCCAUUUCCAUCAAAAUAAGGAAUCUAUCACAAUAGAAAAGUCGAAACAAAAAGAUCGAAAAUCUACUUAUGUUCACUUACAGAAAAAAAAUUCUUGAUCUAUCUAGAGCAUUCAGCUCUUGGGUUGGAAAACAAUCUGUCGAAGUUAUCAACGUCCCUUUUUCUGGAGGACAAACGAAAAAAGGCGUCGAUUUGGCUCCUAACUUCCUGAGGGAUGUUGGAUUCUAUGGACGUUUGAAAAACAUUGGUUUAAAAUUAUCUACUGCUGAGGCUAUUGACUUAGAACACCAAGACUCAGAACAUCAGCCUGAAGUUUAUGUUCAUAACCAGCUUGUUAAGAAUCCAACAACAUGCGGGCAUGUCUCGCGUCAGACUGCUGAUGCAGUUUUCAAGGCUUUGAAAGAAGGAAAGACAGCAAUUGUGAUUGGUGGCGAUCACAGCAUUGCUACAGGCACAACAUUUGGGCAUUAUCUAUUCAACAAAAACACCUGUUUGUUAUGGGUUGAUGCUCAUGCUGAUAUCAACUCUCCAUUAAUUACUACUUCUGGUAACAUUCAUGGAAUGCCUGUCAGUUGGAUUAUCAAAGGGUUUCCAAGUUUUCCGGUUGUUCCUGGUUAUGAGUGGGUUCACAGAUGCAUUCCUCCUAGCAAGAUAGCUUAUGUUGGAUUAAGGGAUGUGGAACCACAGGAACAAAAACUUUUAAAUGACCUUGGUAUUACAGCAUUUUACAUUAAGGAUAUUGAUGAACUUGGUAUCGUUACCACUAUGCAGAAAGCUCUAGAGCAAAUCAGUCCUAACAAUGAAUGUCCAAUUCAUGUGAGUUUUGACAUUGAUGCAAUGGACCCUGAAGUAGCACCAACGACAGGCACUGCCGUUCGAGGUGGUUUAACACUCAGUGAGGGACUUUACAUUGCUCAGGCAGUUGCCGAAACAGGGAAACUACAAGGUUUAGACCUGGUAGAAAUAAAUCCAAGACUGGGAGAUGGAAUCGAGGCUUUAAGGACAGCAGAAACUGGCAUGCAAAUUGUUGAAGCAAUGCUCGGAAAACAUGUUAAAAUACCAGAAGAAGAUCUGAUACCCUACAAUGAAGCUAUUAAAGCUAAGUCGAACAAAUGAGAGAAAAGCUUAUUUUUAACCAGCAAGAAAAAAAAAUCAUUGCUUUCAAUCAGUAAAGAGCUAAUUGAAGGGCUGGUAAAAUUGGGGAUACAUGUUUGGCCUGGGGCAAAAAAAUCUUACCCACUUAUUCAACUCUCUUUAUAGAGGAGCAAACAAAAGCAAAUACAAUAACUAACAAAUCAGUGCAUGUGCAUAUUCUAUAAAGGCUACUCGAACUGUCUAAUUAACAAAUAAUUUGACAUCAGUUUGUUAUUUGUCUGUCCUCUUAUUGACAAUAAAUUUCGCCAUGACAUUGUCAAAGUACUACGCAAUUUAUUGACACAUAAAAAUCUGAUGUCAAUUUGUUUUUUACAAUAAUAAAAAUGAUAAAAACUUUUUACUGAUCAAAACAACUAAUGGAAAAAGCAUGCACUCAUUGACGUCAGCAUUAUCUGUCUGUCCUCUUAUUGAUGAUAAAAAUUAACCAAUCAGCAUACGAGAAAUUUGUAAGUCAUUAUAAAAUCUUUAUAGACAACAAUUUUAUUAUCCAAGGAAUAAAUACUCUUAAUAUUCAACAUGCAUCAGCUCACUCUUAAUGAAUCUUCACAGCAUGAUACAUGUGUACAUUUAUUAAGAAUUCGCAAAGAAUCUAGCAUAAUUGAGAAUUUAAUUGGUCAUUCUGUACUUUAUCAUUAGAUGACACUUGUCAAUCAAUCAUUGGUGCAAGAUCAACCCAUGACUGGCUGAGUGCCAAUCAAUUAUUUGUAUCAGCUGGUCAUAAAGUACACAGUAACCUGAGAAUUUUUUACUUGAACUCUAAAGAGUAAAUUUGUAAAGUCUGCUUUUCUCGUAAGAAUAUUUUAUUGAUAACAAAAUGCCUAAUUAAUAAUAAUUUUAAAUAAUGAUAAUAAAAAUCAAUACAAUUAAUGAUAUAAAAUAAACGAUGAAGCAAUUCCAUAUACCCAAUGAAAUAGAUAAUAGUAAAGGCUAACAGAAAUUAGUAGAAACUAAUUCCAUUGUUUGCUUUUGUUUUUUAUUCAACUGUCAAACAUCGACUGUUAUAUUUGUUUCAUUGGUUAUAUGAAAUCACUCUAAGAAUAUACCACUAUCAAUAUUAAUAGUAAAUAUAUUAAGUAGUUUUUGAAAUAACAAGUCUACGCAUUGAAAGUAGAAUUUUUUCAAUUGCCAAUGGUAGUUCUUGUUUUCAUGUUUUCCUUAUUUAAGUUUGAGAAGCAAAUGUUCAGGAAAUAUCCAUACCCAAAUGGCAGCCCAAACCAAACUUUUCCUCAAUUGUUUUUCUUCUCUACAGACAAGGGAUUCAUAUUAGGAGUCCCAUGCUGUUUUUGGUCUAUCCCCAUGUUAAUCUCCUCUGGAUAUUUUCUGAGCUCAUAUAAGUGUUUGUUUUUGUUUUGAUACUGUACAGUAGUUUAAGCUAGGCCUUCUCAAAAGAGAAUGGCUUGAAGUGUUAACAUGAAUACACAAUGAACCUAUGUCAUAGAAUGUAAAUAAUAAAAAUAGAAUUCAGUGCGUAA